GUGCAGUGAGUCUUGGCUGAAGAACAGUGAUCUAAAUCCUCUCUCAGGUGUAGCUGCUGCAGAGCUGCAGACUCCUCCCACGAGCUCAGCUCAGAGCGGACUGACUGUCAGACAGAAGAACAGGAAGACUGAACUCCUCUCUCUACAGACGCUUCCUCCCUCUCUUUCUGUCAUUCAGGGGUUAAAAAGUUAACUAAACUUCUUGCAGUCAUGGAAACUAAUUUGGGAGACACCAUCGAGCCAAGUCAUCCGUAACACCAACCCGUCGCAAGUGUUGUAGUCGCCUAAAACAAGUCGUGGAAGUGAGAGAGUUUAUUUUAGACUUUACCAACUGACGAGCUAGCCUAGCUACAGCUAACCGCUUUACUUUUCCGGACUUAAAACUCACAUAGUUUAAAGCUUUCGGAGUGUCUCACAUGUGGAUACUGGUAGAAUAAUUGUGUUUUUAUAAACGCAACAGGUUAUUUUUGUACUUUUUCGACAGGAGGACUUGGGGUUUGUGCUUUGAAUUUCCCUCCUUCUCUGAUCCAGACAGGCGGCUUACAGAGAGGGGCUCGUUGGGCUGUUGGCUCUCCACCAAGUCAUUAGCAACGUUGUGCUAAUUGUGGCUAAGGUUAGCCAGCAGCACUAGCUUAGGCCACAAGGGAAUUAACAGCACUCUGUGCUUAAAGUUAAGACACAUUUUUACGUUUGAGUACGGGGAUUAAGUUAUAAAUAUGGAUCCAAACAAUGGUAACUCCGCCUCAGCUGCUGCUGCUGCUGCUGGUCCUAAGAAGGACAAGAAGUCAAAGAAGAACCUCGAGGAUGGAGAUGGGAAGAAGAAGUUUAAACUCAAACGCCUGAUUCCUGACGAGUUGGAGCGUUUCACCAGCAUGAGGAUGAAAAAGGACAAGGAGAAGCCCAGCCAUGCGCCGGGUCAGCGACACUCUUCAGCUGCCAGCUAUGAGAUCAGCGCUCAGAGCGCUAUGCUGCAUGAUCACUCUGAUGAAUACGUCCUGGAACUCUUUGAACAGAUGCUGGUGGAUAUGAACCUGAAUGGAGAGAAGCAACAGCCUCUAAGGGAAAAAGACAUUAUGAUCAAACGAGAGAUGGUCUCCCAGUACCUCCACACGUCCAAAGCUGGUCAAAACCAGAAGGAGAGCUCCAAAUCAGCCAUGAUGUACAUCCAGGAGUUAAAGUCAGACUACCGAGACACACAGCUGCUGAGCUGUCUGGAAUCGCUGCGAGUCUCACUCAAUAACAACCCUGUCAGUUGGGUGCAGAACUUUGGAGAUGAGGGGCUGAAACUGCUGCUGGAUUUGCUUAAAAGACUACAGGAGGACAAAGAAGAGUAUUCAUCAUCUAGAAUGAUGGGAGUGAAAUGUCAACACGAGAUCAUUCGCUGUCUAAAAGCCUUUAUGAACAACAAGUACGGUCUAAAAUCCAUGCUGGAGUCAGUUGAGGGAAUUCCUCUGCUGGUCAAAGCCAUCGACCCCCGGAUGCCUUCUAUGAUGGUGGAUGCUGUCAAGCUGCUUUCUGCCAUCUCCAUAUUGGAACAUCCUGAGAACCUUCAUGAGCGUGUUUUGGAGGCCAUCACAGAAGAGGCAGAAAGACGGGAUAUUGAGAGGUUCCAGCCUCUCAUUGCUGGCAUGAAAAAUCACAGUGUUGCUCUUAAGGGUGGCUGCAUGCAGCUAAUCAACGCCUUGAUAAGCCGAGGAGAAGAGUUGGACUUCAGGAUCCAUAUUCGCUCUGAGCUGCUAAGAUUGGGACUCAGAGACCUGCUGACGGAGGUGCGGAUGAUAGAGAACGAAGAGCUGAAGGUGCAACUCACAGUGUUUGAUGAGCAGGCUGAAGAUGACUCCGAGGACCUCAAAGUACGUCUUGAAGACAUCCGCAUCGAGAUGGAUGAUGUGAGGGAAGUGUUUGAGAUCCUAGUCAACACUGUGAAGGACUCCAAGGGCGAAACCCACUUCCUGUCCGUGAUGCAGCACCUGCUGCUGAUCCGUAAUGACUACUUGGCCAGGCCUCAGUACUACAAGUUGAUCGACGAGUGUAUCGCUCAGAUCGUGCUUCACAGGAAUGGAGCGGACCCUGACUUCAAGUGCCGUAAUCUCAGCCUCAACAUUGAAGGCUUGAUAGACAACAUGGUGGAUCAGACCAAGGUGGAAACCAGCGAGGCCAAGGCAACUGAGCUGGAGAAGAAGCUGGAUGCAGAGUUGACAGCACGCCACGAGUUGCAGGUGGAGCUGAAGAAACUGGAGGGCGACUAUGAGCAGAAGCUGCAGGACUUGAGCCAAGAGAAGGAACAGCUGGCCAUUUCUAAGCUGGACCGAGAAAAGGAGAACCAGGGACUACAACAACAGCUCAGCACUAUGCAACAGCAGAAUGAAAAGCUCUCUAAAGAUCUGAAAGAGGCCAAGACCAAAGUUGUCACGGUUACUGUUCCUGUGCCAACACCCGGUGUGCCCCCUCCACCACCUGCCCCUCCUCUCCCUGGCCAAAAUGCAGGUAUGCCCCCUCCACCUCCGCCCCCACCCAUACCAGGCCAUGCAUGCAUGUUUGGUCCCCCACCUACUUUACCGGGUCAGGCCGGUAUUCCUCCCCCACCUCCUUUACCAGGCAUGGCCGGAAUUCCACCACCGCCACCCCUCCCUGGCAUGUCAGGAAUUCCACCACCCCCGCCCCUCCCUGGCAUGAUGGGACCACCACCCCCUCCACCUUUACCUGGGAUGGGACCUCCACCACCACCACCACUGCCUGGGUUUCCUGGUAUGCCUCCUCCACCACCGGCCCCAGGCAUGCCUCCACCUCCACCAUUUGGCAUGGGGGGCUGGGGUGCCCCCGCAGCACCCACACUGCCUUUUGGGCUCCAGCCUAAGAAGGAGUACAAGCCCGAGGUCCAGCUGAAGAGAGCCAACUGGAGCAAGAUCUCACCUGAGGACCUCUCUGAGAAUAGUUUCUGGACCAAGGCAAAAGAGGACCAAUUUGAAAACAAUGAGCUCUUCGCCAAACUCACCUUGGCCUUCUCCUCACAGACAAAGACCACUAAAGCCAAAAAGGAGCAGGAUGGCGGAGACGAAAAGAAGCAGCUGCAGAAGAAGAAGGUGAAGGAGCUGAAGAUUCUUGACGGAAAGUGCGCACAGAACCUUUCCAUUUUCCUGGGAUCGUGCCGUGUCCCUUAUGAGGAGCUCAAAACCGCCAUCCUGGAGGUUAAUGAGAAGGUCAUCACAGAGUCCAUGGUUCAGAGCCUGGUCAAACUACUGCCGACACCAGAGCAGAUGAACGUCCUGGGAGAGAUGAAGGAUGAAUAUGAGGACUUGGCUGAGUCCGAGCAGUUUGGAGUAGUGAUGUCCGGCGUGAAGCGGCUGAUGCCACGGCUUCAGGCCAUCCUGUUCAAGCUGCAGUUUGAGGAGCAGCUGAACAACAUCAAGCCAGAUGUGGUGUCUGUGACAGCAUCCUGCGAGGAGCUCAGUAAAAGCGAGACCUUCUCCAAGCUGCUACAGAUCAUCCUCCUUGUCGGAAACUACAUGAAUUCUGGCUCCCGCAAUGGAAAGUCAUUCGGCUUCUCCAUAUCAUACCUGUGCAAGCUGCGUGACACCAAAACAGCUGAUCUGAAGCAGACGCUGCUCCAUUUUGUCGCUGAUGUGUGCCAGGAACAGCAUCCUGAGAUCAUGGGCUUUGGAGACGAGCUCAUCCAUGUGGAAAAGGCCAGCAGAGUUUCGGCAGAGACAAUUCAGAAGAACCUUGAGCUGAUGGGCCGUCAGAUCAAGAACCUGGAAAAAGAUCUGGAAACCUUCCCUCCUCCACAAAAUGACAAGGACCAUUUCGUGGAGAAGAUGUCCAGUUUUGUCGGUACCGCCAAAGAGCAGUAUGAGAAGCUGUAUCUGCUGCAUAAGAAUAUGGAGAAGCAAUACAACGACAUCGGAGAGUACUUUGUCUUUGACCCGAGAAAAAUCUCCGUAGAGGAAUUCUUCGGGGAUCUCAACACCUUUAAAAACAUGUUCCAGCAAGCAGUGAAGGAGAAUCAGAAGAGGAAGGAGGCUGAAGAGAAGAUCAAGAGGGCCAAGCUGGCCAGGGAAAAGGCAGAGAAGGAGAAGGAGGAGAAACUCAAGAAGAACCAGCAUCUCGACAUCAACGCAGAGGGUGAUGAAACUGGUAUCAUGGAUGGCCUGUUGGAGGCGUUGCAGUCCGGCGCUGCUUUCAGGAGAAAGAGAGGACCACGGCAAGCAGCCAACCACCGACGAGCUGGUCAUGCAGUGACCAACAUCCUGGCCAAAGAGCUGAUGCAGGAAGACAAGCCUUCAGCCAGCAAAAUGCCCGCAAAGAAGAAAAAGACAGAGGAGAAGGAAGAGCCUAAACAAGAAGGCGCGGAGUCAUUAGAGGAGUUACUGGACGCUACUCUUUCUCGGUCCAAUUAGGCAAGCCAGGGCAGAAAGUUUUUUUUUACUCACAGAGUCAGUGAUAUCCAAACACAGAUGUAUUUCAUAGCCAUUCCAGGGGCCAAUAUCAAUCUGAGAUUAGCUCACAGACAACAACAGCCCUGUGUUUCUCCGACCCUCGUCUUAACUGGAACAUCUUUUAGGGUAGCAUUGACUGCGUCUUCUGGGAGCACAGGGAGCGGCAGAGGAUGAGGGCGGGGCUCUCACCUCAGCCACAACUCCUGGAUGUCCCUCAUCAACCUUUGGAUCUUUGCCAUUGUCAUAAAAAUUUAUAAUUUGCUUUAUUCGGCAUGUGUACAUAUCUGUUCAUGUAUUUUUUGUCUGUUUCACUUGAUUCACCUAUCAUUUAUCAAAGGGCAUCUUGAGCGAUUCCAAAGACUUACUCAGGAGGGAUCCACUCUUUUUUUUUUUUGCGGUUAUUUCCAAAUUUAGAUUGGAAAUGUCUGGAAUUUGUCACAUCCUGCAGGUGAUUCAUAAAGUUUUCUCUGGAUGUUCCAGGCCAAGACCGCUUUGCGCUUUUUCACCUUUUUUUUUUUUUUUUUUCAUCUAUGAAACAUAUUGCUUUGUAUUUGCCUGAUAUAUGUUACUGUUUGUAAAUGUUAAUCAAUUAUUGAAAGAAGUGCCAACCAAUAGAAAUCCAGUCUUGUCAUUUCACUCCCAGGUUUUGUCCAGUCACGGUUCGCACUGGGGACUGCUGUUUGGACCAGUCCAACGCCCGUCAUCACCCGGGUGUGUCAGUGUGUUUUGUUUUUUUUACAAUGAGAAGGGACAUAGUUCACUGGUGUGCAUGCAUAAGUUAGAUUUCACAUAAAAAUGGAGAUAAUUUACACAAACUUGUCUGAAAUACCACACGUGCCCACAACAGCUAUAUGAAGAAAACCUGCUUACAUGAACAUGAACAUUCCUUCGAACCCCAGACGGGAAAUGGAGUUGGAUUUGAGGAGAAAGUUCUUCCGCAGUCGGUUAAACCAAAAAAUACAUUGCUUUUUAAAAGGGUGUUUCCAUACAAAAGCUAGCCUAAGUAGUUUACAUGCCUGUGUGUUUAUAUGUAUGAGAAUGAGUGUGUGAAGUAAGCCGCCUAUAUUUAGUUUUAUGUGCACACUCGACUUGUGUUUGUGCUUUUAGGUUUGAGUGCAUGCGUGCGUGUUGCCAUCUGUAAUUACUGUACGGUACCGACCAUGCUGUCAUAAAUCCUAGGUUUCAUAAACAGCUUUGUGGUCUUUCUGCUGAGGAUACAGCACACUGGAAAACUGCCCAAAAACUGCUGAGACAAGUUGUUCACGUGUGUGUUUGUGUUGUUCACCCACUUCCCCUCCCUCCCACUGAACUGCAACAGUAGUUGCUGAAUGUCUGGCCAUGCUCUUAUUUGUAUUCAGUAGCCAUCAGCAUACAUGUUGCCAUGAUGUUGUGGUGUAAUAUCUGACAGGAAUCCUGAGAGGUGAUGUCAGCUGCUCCAUGCAAUAUUUAUAACUAUGCAAACACAAUACUGUAGUGUGUACUCCCGCCCUGAUACCCAGCCAGCCUCAGGAUGUAAAAAACUACUGGGUGGACUCCAGCGGUCUUUAUCAACCCACUGAUUCAAGAUCAGUGCUUCAUUUUGCCUGAUUGAGGAAAAUCUUUAUAUCUCCAAAGGUUCAGCAUGUCAGGAAUAAAAACAACAGAUUUUUUUCUCAACAACACCAGUGUUUAUAUGACAUCUUCCAUACAAAUUUGUUUUUGGACUUGGAAGAACUGGCACUUAAACAACAUUAGAAAAGAGGUUCUUCAAGUACAGUAGGUGUAGAGAUCCUUGACGCGAUCAAGUGCUGGUGCUGCAUUAUAAUCCAAUUAACACUGAGCAUAAUUAGCUCUCAAGUACAAAAGUCGUAGCUGUAGUUAAACCAGACACACGACAAGCUGUUUUAUUAUCCUGCCCGUCUUUCCAGGUGGACAGUGCCAGGUGAUAGUGUGUACCAGAUACUGAACGUUUUGCUGAUUUCAACAUUACGGAGAGAACGAUUUUAAGAAAUGAAAAGAAUAUCAGAACAACACUGGAAUAUUUGUUGUUUUCUAAUUCGAGUCAUUCCUUUUUGCUCAUUAAUUUUUUUUUAAAAAGAGAUUGUUUUCUAAGUGAAUUUUUACAGUUGAUUAUUUUAAUGUAUUUGAAUGGCGACAAGAUUUUUUCUUUUUUGCUCUAUGUAUACAGAAUAAUGCACAUAGUCAUUCUGUUUGCUACACAGAACUAUUAAACAUGUCUUAAGUAAUUUAA